AUGGCUUUCAUCGCCGCUGCUAUCAAAACCGCCCGGCGCGUGUUCUACAAGCUGCGACCCGUACGUGCUUCCAAACUGUCCCGCACCGAGGCUGCUCCACUCGCUGGUCGAGCGACAGCCCCGGACCGACUCACUGCCCUUCUUACUACCGCAGCGACCAAGGACAACCUCGACCUCCUCGAGCGCCUCGACACCGCCAAACAGGAGAACAUCAGGCUGGCUGUUCAGCUCUGCGUCACUGAAGGCCGUCUCCGCCAGUGGGAAGACGAGCACACGUGGACGAGAACGAUCCCGGAGGAGGUUAUCGCUGCCAAGGACCGCGAGUUCGUGGGCCUAGGCGCGUCGGCCACGGAGCGGGCCUCUGCACCGACGCAGGGAUUAGUGAAGCCGCAUCUCGUUUUCUCGACGUCAUGCACCGAGGUUGGCUACCUGAGCCUCGGCUGCGUCGACGGCGCCGUGCCCGCGAUCAUCUUCACCCUCCCCACCCUCCCCACUCUUCCAGCCCUCGACGACGCCCUCGAGUCCAUCGACCCCGCCCUGCUCUCCGUCCCCCGUCGCCCCCGUCGCCGCCUUUCCUCCACCUCUACCCCCACCACUCCUUGUCGUCGUCGUCGUCGCCUUCCCCGGCCCCACGCCCACCCCGGGCCCGUCGUCACCCCCGCGCAGUGCUCCUUGCCGUCGACACCAAGAGAAGCCCUUCGCCCAUCCGUCCGCCUCGCCGCUCUCAAGCGCCGCUCUCUACCGCCUCCGCCGGCGUUCAAGCCUCUCAAGUCUGGCUCGCCGCGGGACCCAAUGUUCCGGUGGAGCCGGUGA